CAUCAUUUUUUAUUUGUGAAAGUACGUCCAUCGCAGCCAGAAACGAUGGGUGUGGCCAAGAUUAUUACAUAUACAAUCGGAUUCUUCUCCAGAACUGUCGAAAGUAUGUUUGAAUUCUGAAAACGUAUUUCCCUAACAAAUGUCAGUAAAGUUGACAGGAAUCAGAAAGAAGACACGACAUAUUUUGUUUCGUCAAAGCAAAACAAAUGCAAGAGAAAUGCGUUCGGCAAUACGAUGAUGGUGGAGUGGAGCGGAGUGGAGGAAGCACGGCGAGUGAUCAUCUGGGGGGCUUUGAUAUCACUAUCGUCUGGGAAAAUGUAAAAAUGGCAGUCGUGUGGAGGUUGUUAACUUGAAUCAAUGAAACGAAAUCACCAAUACCUACACCUGCAAUGUCCCGUUUGGCGGAUUAUUUUGUUAUAGUUGGAUAUGACCAUGAAAAAGAAAGGAGUGGGACAAGUAGUGGCAUUAUACUUCAGAGAUUUCCUGAAAAGGAUUGGGAGGACACUCCUUUCAUUGAAGGAAUAGAGUGGUUCUGCCAACCUCAGGGAUGGGCUCUAUCUACUGAAAGACAAGAACCACGCUUUUUUGUGUCUGUAUUUACUGACAUUCAUGCCAAUCGUCAUUACUGUGCCUGUCUCUGCUUCAAUGAAACUGUUGCAAUUACUCCCAGCAAACCUGUGGAUGAGGAGGAGGAUACGGUUGAUGGAGAUGGUGGGACAUUACCUGGGGCAUUGGCCUCAGCACGGAGCAUCCCCACAAUCACACACCACAGUAUUAUGUAUGCUCCGAAGUGCUUGGUGCUGGUGUCCAGAUUGGACUAUAUUGAGACAUUCAGAUGCUGCUUGGGUAUCAUCUACACAGUGUAUGUGGAGAGCGUUGAGGUGCCUUUGGAAACACUGGUGGGCAACAUCCUGGGCUGCAUUCAAGUUCCACCUCCUGGAGGACCCCAAGUGCGCUUCAGCAUUGGGGCUGGUGAUCGACAGGCCUUGCAGCCACCAUUAUCGCCCUCACUUCCUGUUACUCACACAUCAGUGCACCUGCUUUUUCAGCAGUUAGGUAAGUUUCAUUCUAAAGUGAAAUGA